AGUGCUAAACACUUCCUUUUCCUGUGGGAGCCGCCGGGUUGAGAGGAGCGUGGCCUUCUCUCCCUGCCAUGGCGUGUGCUCGUCCACUGAUAUCAGUGUACUCCGAAAAGGGAGAAUCAUCUGGCAAAAAUGUUACUUUGCCUGCUGUGUUCACGGCUCCCAUUCGACCGGAUAUUGUGAACUUUGUCCACACCAACUUGCGAAAAAACAACAGGCAGCCCUAUGCUGUCAGUGAACUGGCAGGUCAUCAGACCAGUGCUGAGUCGUGGGGUACUGGCAGAGCUGUGGCUCGAAUUCCCAGAGUCCGAGGCGGUGGGACUCACCGCUCUGGCCAAGGUGCUUUUGGAAAUAUGUGUCGUGGAGGCCGCAUGUUUGCACCAACCAAAACCUGGCGCCGUUGGCACCGUCGAGUGAACACCACUCAGAAGCGCUAUGCCAUCUGCUCUGCCCUGGCUGCCUCAGCCUUGCCAGCACUGGUCAUGUCUAAAGGUCAUCGUAUUGAGGAGGUUCCUGAGCUUCCUUUGGUGGUCGAAGAUAAAGUUGAAGGCUACAAGAAGACCAAGGAGGCUGUUUUGCUUCUUAAGAAACUUAAGGCCUGGAAUGAUAUCAAAAAGGUCUAUGCCUCUCAGCGAAUGAGAGCUGGCAAGGGCAAAAUGAGAAAUCGACGUCGUAUCCAGCGCAGGGGACCGUGCAUUAUCUAUAACGAGGACAAUGGUAUCAUCAAGGCCUUCAGAAACAUCCCUGGAAUUACUCUGCUUAAUGUAAGCAAACUAAACAUUUUGAAACUUGCUCCUGGUGGGCAUGUGGGACGUUUCUGCAUUUGGACUGAAAGUGCUUUUCGCAAGUUAGAUGAGCUGUAUGGCACUUGGCGGAAAGCCGCCUCCCUCAAGAGCAACUACAACCUUCCCAUGCACAAGAUGAUGAAUACAGACCUUAGCAGAAUCUUGAAAAGCCCCGAGAUCCAAAGAGCCCUCCGAGCACCACGCAAGAAGAUCCAUCGCAGAGUCCUGAAGAAGAACCCACUGAAAAACCUGAGAAUCAUGUUGAAGCUCAACCCAUAUGCAAAGACCAUGCGCCGGAACACCAUUCUUCGACAGGCCAGGAAUCACAAACUCAGGGUGGAUAAAGCAGCAGCAGCACUAGCGGCCAAAUCAGAUGAGAAGGGGGUUCCAGGAAAGAAGCCCAUGGGAGGAAAGAAAGGAGGAAAGAAAGCUGUUGGUGUGAAGAAACCGAAGAAGCCUGUGGUGGGAAAGAAGGCUGCAGCUACCAAGAAGCCAGCACCUGAGAAGAAAAAGCCAGCAGAAAAACCGACCACAGAAGAAAAGAAGCCUGCUGCAUAAACUCUUAGAUUUGUUUAUUCCAUACACGUGAAAGCAUUUUGGACAGCUUAUUUUGAAUAAAGACCUUGAUCAAAGAGGCAGUGAGAAAUAUG